AUGGCAUCCAUCUCCAACAACAGAUUCGAACUCCACAAACGCGUGUCUGGCAAGCAAGUGACAACCGUCUACUCGGGCAAGUGGACAAUUGAAGAAGAACGGUAUGUUUCCUUCUUGUGCCAGCAAUUCAAGGACGGAGCUCUUGAUAUCAAAGAGGGCACUACCUUGAGGAGCUUCUUGGCUGAUAAGCUAGGAUGUAAGGCAAAGAGGAUCACCAAAAAGUACGAGCGCACCGGCUACAAUGGAAAAUUGCAGUUUACCGACAAGAGGAAUACCUUGGCUCCAGCUGACCUUCAGUGGCGACGGGCCAAGUUGCAGGAGACGCAGCGCAAGUUCGUUGAAAGCCGUGAGGCCAUCAUCAUGAAUGAGCUACAAGGACCUCAACAGGACGAACGCUCCAUCAUGACCGGUGCCUUGUUUGCCGGAGGUGCUGCAGCCCACCGCGCUUUGGAUCUCCGAGAACCUCGGCAGAACAUCGGGAUGGGGUACCACAGUGCCUUGACCUCAUUGGACUUGCCAUUUCCCGCUUCUCUCGCUGCUGGCGCCUCAUCGGCAUUGAAUGCCCCACGAGCAGUCCCCAACCUGCAUCCACACAGUGGAUCGGAUAUGAUGCGGGCUAGUUUUCUGGCGGCCCAAGCUCAGCCACCAAUGGCUGCCAACCACCGCAGGCUCUCAUUCGCCAACGAAGGACUUCCAUCAUUUGCCGGUCCAUCACUAGAAGCCUUGCGAGCAGAAGAAAUGGUGCAGAGGGAACUUCGACGCACCUCUAUGGAUAGUCUGAUUUUCCGCCAAGAGGCCCUGCUGAGAGCUCGAGCCACCAUGGAAAUGAAUGCCCUGAUGCGGGGAUCAGCAGCGGCAGCAUCUGGGUCCGAAGGGGUAAACGCUGCUGCUUCUCUUGCUUCUGCAAAUAAUACGCAGACUGGUGUCCGUAUGCGCGAAGAAGAUCUGCAAACCCUAGCCCGAAAGAGGGCCCGUGUUUCAGGCACUGGUUUCCGCUUCUAG